GUUCACCCUUUACCAUCCCCGACCUUUCGACAUCACUUCACAACUCGACUCGGCACCCUGCACCUUUGCUUGGAACGAACUGCAACAGGAGAAUACCAUUUUCAACUCUUCUAAACCGUUCUCCCAGCAUCAUGAGCGACAAAGUGAACCAGUUCGACGACAUUUAUCUCGGUCUAGCCCCCGAGCUGGGACUGCUUCGUUUAGCGCAGAGUGGUCUCGGUUGGAAGGCUCGCAACGGCGAGGGCAUCUUCACCGUUAGAGAUGCGGAUCUCAAGAGGACCAUCUGGCUUCGCGCCGCGCGUAAUUUCCAGCUUCGCAUUCAGCUGCGCGACGGCAGAAUCGUCAAGUUUGAUGGUUUCCAGCGUGAUGAUUUCGAAAAGCUGAAGGAUAUUAUCAAGGCGAACUAUGGACUGCAACUGGAAACAAAGGAAAUGAGCGUCAAGGGCUGGAACUGGGGAGAGACCGAUUUCUCAAAUGGCAACCUUGUGUUUAGUGUCCAGAACAAGGAUAUGUUCGAAGUACCGCUCAAUGAGGUCACCAACACAUCGCUCACGGCCAAGCACGAGGUCAUGAUUGAGCUUGGUGGCCCUGAUAGCGAGGGUAGCGCACAAAAGGAUAGAAGGCGCAAGGGAGACCAGCUGGUUGAGAUGCGAUUCUAUGUUCCAGGAACCAAAGCUCAGGAAGGCGAAGGCGAGGAGGAGAGCGCAGCCAAUAUUUUCUAUAACUUGAUCAAAAACGAAGCCGAUAUUGGAGAUGCUGCACCGGGCGACGGCAUUGUCUUGUUCUCGGAUACAUUGUGCUUGACCCCACGUGGUCGUUACGACAUCGACAUGUUCCCGACCUUCCUGCGCCUUCGUGGAAAGACGACUGACUAUAAGAUUGCAUACACCAGCAUCAUUAAAUUGUUCUUGUUGCCGAAGCCAGAUGAUGUGCACGUCCUGUUCGUCAUUGGUUUGGAUCCCCCAUUGCGCCAGGGUCAGACUCGGUAUCCAUUCUUGGUCUUCCAGUUCGUGAGGGAGGAGGAGACGGAUGUGACGCUCAAUCUGGACGAGGAAACGAUCGCAACAAAGUACGAGGGCAAGCUGGAGAGGAAGUAUGAGACGAGGACAUAUGAGGUCGUGAGCACACUCUUCAAGGCCCUGACAGGACGCCGAGUCACCAUCCCCUCAGAGUUCUUCAAGAGUUACCACAAUCAGUCUGCGAUCAAGUGCUCGAUGAAGGCGAACGAAGGUGUACUCUACCCACUCGACAAAUCCUUCUUGUUCAUCCCCAAGCCGCCAACGUUCAUUCCUCACUCAGAGAUCGGAUCUGUUACAUUCUCGCGUGUCGGUGGUGGAGCCGCUUCGGCUUCGAGGACGUUUGAUCUGAAGUUCAACAUGAAGAGUGGCGUUGAUUAUUCGUUCUCAAGCAUCAACCGUGAGGAAUAUGCGAACUUGAACGAGUUUUUGCAGAACAAGAAGAUCAAGACAAAGUCAAUGGAGGACGAGUCCACAGGACGCUAUGUCGAGAUGGUGGGCGAGAGCGAUUCGGAAGAAGAUACUGGCAAGCGCAAGAGGAAAUCCGCUAUUCAGGACUAUGGCGGAGAUGAUGAUGAAGGCGAAUCGAGUCCCGACGAGGACUUUGUUGCAGACGAGAGCGAGAGUGAUGUGGCAGAGGAGUUUGACGAGAAUGUCAGUGACUCUGGCUCAAACGCUUCGGACGCUUCAGAUGACGGCGGUGACCAGGAAGCUGAUAGACCUGCCAAGAAACCCAAAAAGUAGUCAUGAGAGAACGCUCUUCUGAGUGUUUUCUUCUAGAUCUCAUGAAUAAAUAAUUUACUCCGCACCGUUGCUUUUGAU